CUGAAAUCUGCUUAUCGACCAGACAGAAGAACAAGUCGCUGUUGACCAGCUGUUGUAUGAAAACAGCUGGGCGAUCAGGGCGAGAAGAGAUAAACAACAAUUACAACGAAACACACAUUUUUUAUACACCAAAAGGCUUCCCCUGUGUGAGCAGGCAGGAUGGCAGGGGCCGAGGUCUACGGCCCCGUUAACCCCUCCUGCAAGAUCAUGACCUUCAGGCCGACCGUGGAGGAGUUCAGAGACUUCAACCGGUACCUGGCCCACAUGGAGGCCCAGGGGGCGCACCGUGCUGGCCUCGCCAAGGUGAUUCCUCCUAAGGGUUGGCGUCCUCGGUGUAGCUAUGAUGAUAUUGAUGACCUGGUGAUCCACGCUCCUAUCCAGCAGAUGGUUGCUGGUCAGUCAGGCCUGUUCACUCAGUUCAACAUCCAGAAGAAACCGCUCAGCGUCAAGGAGUUCAGACGCCUCGCCAACAGUGACAAAUAUUGUACUCCCCGCUACCUGAACUAUGAGGACUUGGAGAGGAAGUACUGGAAGAACCUGACCUUCGUAUCUCCCAUAUAUGGAGCUGAUGUCCCCGGGAGCCUCUAUGACGAGGGUAUAGAGGAGUGGAACAUCGGCCACCUCAACUCCAUCCUGGAUGUGAUUGAAGAGGACUGUGGUGUUUCUAUCCAGGUGAACACACCCUACCUGUACUUCGGCAUGUGGAAGACCAGCUUCUCCUGGCACACUGAAGACAUGGACCUUUAUAGCAUCAACUACCUGCACUUUGGAGAGCCCAAGUCCUGGUAUGCCAUCCCCCCUGAGCAUGGGAAGAGACUGGAGAGACUGGCUACAGGUUUCUUCCCCAAUGGGUUUAAAGGGUGUGAGGCUUUUCUCCGUCACAAGAUGACCCUGAUCUCCCCUUCUAUCCUGAAGAAGUACAGCAUCCCCUUCGACAAGAUCACCCAGGAGGCAGGAGAGUUUAUGAUCACCUUUCCGUAUGGUUACCACGCUGGCUUCAACCACGGCUUCAACUGUGCCGAGUCGACCAACUUCGCUAGUGUCCGAUGGAUCGACUACGGCAAGGUGGCCACUCAGUGUACAUGCAGUAAAGACAUGGUGAAGAUCAGCAUGGAUCCCUUUGUGAAGUGGUUCCAGCCGGACCGCUAUGCUGUGUGGAAGCUGGGGAAAGACUCCUGUCCUCUGGACCACACCCGAGCCACGCCCGCCACCACCCCAGAACUGCAGAACUGGCUCCAGCGCAGCCGGGUCAAGACCCCUGUGAACAGCCUCUCACACCCACGGACCAGAUCCAAGCGUCUGAGGACCAGCGAGGAGCCUGUUGCCUUGGAGUGCUCUGUCCUGGGUAGGAGGAGGGGCCUCGGAGGCACCCUGGGCCCCAAGGUCCGGAGAGGCUGCAGGGCUGGGGAGGAUGAGGACGAUGAGGAGGAAGGAGAGGGUCAGACUGAGAAUACACUCCGGCUCCCUGGUCCUUGUCGGCAGAUGUGUGUGGUGAAAGUCAACAGAAUGGAAGUGGAGAGUGACCGGUUGGCCUUCCCCUGUCCUCCUGAACCUCUGCGCCCCUCGUCUUUCACCUCUCCCUCACCCUCUUCCAACUUCUCUUCUCGCCCCUCUCCCUCUCUGACCCCUGUCUCAGUGGACACCACAGAACAAGGGACAGGGGCGGGGACUCACCCUUCACCCCAUCUGCAUCCCACUAACCCCCCACAGAACCCCUCAGGGUCAGAGUUCGCAGAGGUCAUUAAAGGACCCCAUCAGAGGUCCGAGGCUGCCCCUACACCUGCCCGAUCAGAAAGAAGAGAAAUCCCCGGAGGACCGUUUAAGUCAGUAUGUAUAGAAUUGACUCCACUGGGACUGGUUCCCGAGGACUGCUCUGUGGAUGUCCACCCCUCUCCAGACCCCUUACGGACCAGGUUACCUUCCCCCAGAACGGUGCACCCGACUGGGGCUCAGGGGUGUACGGACUCGGCCUGUGGCCCUGGAGCUUUUCAUUCAAGUUCUUCAGCCGUAGAGAAGUCGUCUUUAAACCUAACCUCAACCCUACUCCCCGGCACUGAGUAUAAAAUGGAUACGUGCCAUGGUACUGCGGUUAAUACUACUACUACACACAGCAGUCACACCUCUGAAAGCAAAACACCAGCACUUUACAAUGACAUUUACACGAAUACUGACUCCGGGUCCAGAGGACGUGUUAUUUCCAACUCUAGUUCUGGUUCUGGUCCAGCUAACUUGUUCAGGUGUAGUGAAAAAAACUGCACUCCCGUUGAAAACCGUUCCUCUCUCCCUAUGUGUACUACACACAACCGUGUCCCCGUACAAAACCCUUCCCUUCUUCCGAGGUGUAGUUUACGAGACUGUUGCCCUCCUUUCCUCCAGAGGAACAACGGGGUGGACAUGCCUUUCCUCACUCCAGAACUGUCUGGAGAGACCAGGUUCUGCCCUCCCCUGCCGCCCGUUCUCACCCAGGAGAUGCCCUCCCUCACACUCGCCGUCAGCGGAGGUCACGCCGAGAUCAAAGGUCCGAGGUCGUCGUCGUCGUCCUCCUCCUCCUCGACUGGCCGACACGGUGGUGCUCUAACCUUACCGGAUUUGCCGGGCAGUCACCCGGUCCUCGCCCCCGUGCUCCGACGCGAGACACCCACGACCCUCUCGCCAGGAACGGAGACGUUAACGGACGAGGAGUUGGCGUCAAAGAAGUUGGAGGAAGAGGAUUUUCCACCGUUGGCGCCUUACAGAGACUGGCGCUUGGGUUCUGCUGAAGACCACCAUAGACCAGAGCUGGAUUUACAGUUAGCGGCUUACGUGGCUAAUGCAACUAGCAAUGCUCGGCCCAAAAUGGCCGCCUCUGAUCACAAAAUGGCCCCCUCUCGGCACUCUGGUCCUACUGAAGACCACCACCAUAGGCCAGAGUUGGAGUCACAGGUAGCAGCUUACGCGGCGGCUAGUGCAACCAGCGACGCUCAACCCGAAAUGGACGCCUCUCUGCACAAAAUGGCCGCCGACGCUUCCCAUCUAGAAACACUACCAAUCCAAACAUCGUCUGAGACGGUGCUGACCACCGACAACCACUGUAGUCGAACCUCCGCGGAGACCCAUGCUAGCAAUAAUAACCACAUGCUCUGUGACGUCACACUACUGCCAACGCAGCAAAUCCAGAAACGCGGGUCCUCGACGGCAACCGUAUCCAUGGACUCCGACUCAGAAGGACCCUCUCAAAGAGACGAUGUAUUUAGAGACUCCAGUACUCAGGGUUUAUAUCUAGCUAGCGCCAGUUUGACUUCUAAAGAUACGUUGGCCCACUCGUCUGAGCUGAGUGAAUUGAAUGACCAUUCAGCAACAGUACAACGCCAACACAACCGUGACCAAACUCCACACUCAAACAUGGAUGCCGUUUGUAGUUCCCAAAACCUGGAUUCCAUUUGUAGUUCCCAAAACGUGGAUUCCAUUUGUAGUUCCCAAAACGUGGAUUCCAUUUGUAGUUCCCAAAACGUGGAUUCCAUUUGUAGUUCCCAAAACGUGGAUUCCAUUUGUAUUUCUCGAAACGUGGACUCUGUUUGUAGUUCCCAAAGCCUCUACCUGGAGCCCAAACCUUUCUCAGAUGGCAUCUGGAAGAACCUCAACUCCCAGAGUCCUGCGGUGCUCAUCGAGAGCCUCCACCACCCGGAGCUCCCCGCCGACUAUACCCACGAUGCACUACCUUACACCAUGUGGACCGAGCCGCAGUGCAAAGAGGUCACGGACCUCGAUCACGAAACUGAGACGGACGACCAGGACCCGGAGGGACAUGGGGACGGGCCUCUCACCUGGGCCCAGCUGGAGUCCACCUCUCUGGGGUCGGCCGGUGUCGGGGAGCCCCUGGGCCUCUGUGGAGAGUUUGAGCUCCAGAGAGGGGAGGUGGAGGCAGCAGAAGCCCUGGCUCUGUGCAGGGAACUGGGGGUGGAGAGGGAGGCCGAGGGGGCUCUAGAACCUGACCCUCCCGAAUCGCCCUUGGAGGAGAGACCGGGGGAAGGGGAGGUGUCAGAUAUGGAAGGGGGAGAUUCGGAGGAUGAGGGGCAGAGCAGCACGAGGGAGGAGAGUAGUAGUGAGUCAUCGGAAGGAGAGGCUGAAGAAGAGGAAGGGGAGGAAGACUAUGAUAAUGAUUUGAGCGACUUUGAGUGUGGCGACUCAGGGCUGGAACCUGGAGAGGUUUGCACUUACCCUGCUGCUCCGCUGGUAAAGAGAACCAGUAAGAGCUGGCGUCGCCCUCUGAGGAAGCCCACCGCCCGGGCCGUGCCCUCCACUGUCAAACAACAGGCUGUCAGCGACGACGAACCCCCAGAUGCAUCUUUGAUGGAGGGGGAGGAGCAGGAGGCUGAGCCAUGGGCUAAGCCCCUCCUCUUCCUGUGGCAGAACAGGAAGUGUUACUUCACGGCGGAGAGAGAGUACAACGCUAACGCAGCCAAGAUGUUGCCGCACUGCGCUGUCUGCACACUGUUCAUGCCCUACUACCAGCCAGAGGACAGAGCUGACCGCCUCAAGCCCGUCCCCUCCUCCUCCCCGUCUCCCACCACCUCCAGGACUAGAGGAGAACCAGGGGGUCUGAGGAGGAGCAAGCCCCUGCUACCAGAGAUCUGUUUCAGCUACAGGGAGCAGACGUGCCCCCCUACCCCCACCAACGCCCUGCUGCAGGAGGACGGCACCAGCCCGCUGAUCACCUGUCAGGGGUGCUGUCUACAGGUUCACGCUAGUUGCUAUGGCGUUGCCGCUGAUGAUGUCAGCGAGGACUGGUCGUGUGAUCGCUGUGCGGACGGAACCUUGGCGGCUGAGUGUUGUCUGUGUAAUCUAAGAGGAGGGGCUCUGAAAACUACAGAUGACAAGUGGGCCCACGUGAUGUGUGCAGUAGCUCUGUCAGAGGUCUGGUUCAGGGAUGAGGUCAGGAGGAGUCCCAUUGAUAUCAGCAGGAUACCCAUGCAGAGAUACAAACUGAAGUGUAUCUACUGCCGUAAGCGGUGUGUGUGGCGUGGCCAGGGCGGGGGAGGGGCAUGUAUCCAGUGUUCGUGCGGUCGAUGCCCCACCUCCUUCCACGUUACCUGUGCCCACGCCGCCGGGGUCACCAUGGAGCCGGACGAGUGGCCUUACGUGGUGUCAAUCACCUGCCACAGGCACCAAUCACGGAGCUCGUCUGCUCAGCGUGCAGCAUUUCAGAAGGACAUCGUCCUGGGUCAGACCGUCAUCUCCAAACACAAGAACCUGCGGUACUACAGUUCAAAGGUCACCCAGGUGACCUCCCAGACCUUCUAUGAGGUCAUGUUUGAUGACGGAUCCUUCAGCAACGACACCUACCCAGAGGACAUAGUGAGCCGGGACUGUGCCUGUCUCGGUCCUCCAGAAGUAGGGGAGGCUGUCCAGGUGAAGUGGCCUGAUGGACUCUUCUAUGGAGCCAAAUACCAGGGAUCCAACACCUCUCAUAUGUACCAGGUGGAGUUUGAGGAUGGUUCCCAGGUGGUAGCUAAGCGAGAGGAUGUCUAUACUCUGGAUGAAGACCUUCCCAAAAAGGUGAAAGGGCGACUCUCGACGGCCUCCAGCAUGCGUUUCCAGGACGCCUUCUUCACGACCCAGGGAGAGAGGAAGAGACAGAGAACGCCCAACUCCCGUUUCCAGAAAGACUAUGUGGCCCUCCCAGGCCUCCUUACCGCCAGCCAGAGCACAUGGGAACCCCGCAGUCCUAAAGGGAAAUGAUAGAGGGGUGGAGAGGUGGUUGGAGUGAUGACAAAUGAAUGCACUGAUGUAUGUAUGUGUGCGUGGGUGUAGCUGUGGGAUGUGAAGGUGUGUGUGUGUGUGUGUGUGUGUGUGUGUGUGUGUGUGUGUGUGUGUGGGGGG